AUAAAAUCCAAUGUAUAUGGAAGAUAAAAUGGUACAGUGAUUUGGAAUGCAAAAUCCCCGGCGAACGAUAAUAAACUAAAAUGCUCAAAAAUGCAAUGGCAAGAAAAAAGCGAGGAACAAAGCGAUAAGACCUGGCGAUCUGUCAUACGAAUGGCAGAUGAUUCCACAGUGAGUCCAAGUUCCAGUUGAAUCAUUCUCACCGAGAAUAACUCACACAAUCACCCAGCCACACUGAUAAAUCAAAAGAGAUUGUCGGGCAACUGGUGUUUGUAGACUUUCUGUGUGGUACCGUGCAUUUGUAUCAGUUUUUCGCAGUAGUAGGAGAAGAGAACGGAGAGAAAUAGAGAUAGCAAAGAGGUACCAAGCAGUUGCCAGCUGGUUGUCGUUUCGAGUGUAACGUAAGCUCCAAUGAAAUUCAAUUAAUCCGAAUGUUGAUAAUUUAAAAAAUUCCCCAAAAAGAAAACGAGCCAAUGAGUCAUGAAGUGCUUGGAGUUGUCUUCAGUGGAGAACAUCUAGAGUAAUGGUGUUGUGAAUAAAGUUCUUCACAAUGUCGUCGAUAUUUUCAAAGUUGAUCGACAAGACGUCAUCGAAAUACGGCGUCAGACAGGAAACGUUAACUAGAGCUGUUGUUGGAACAGUGACAGCACUUUAUCUUGUCAAGCUGACGUAUCCACACCUUGUUGGGAUCACCAAGAAGCUAAAGACAACGAGAGACCUCGGUAAAACUCACCAGAAGAAUGGAAAAACCGUUGGUCUAUCUCCAACCAAGAGAGUCCCCAACGUGGGACUCGAUAGAGCAUUUGUCAAGCAACUCCUGGAGCUUCUCAAGAUCAUGGUACCAGGAUGGCGUUCCAAAGAGGCUGGACUCCUCACAGCAGCAACAAUUACACUCCUAGCUAGAACAUUUCUAUCGGUUUACGUAGCAACACUCGAGGGACAGAUCGUCAAGAGGAUUGUCCUCAAAGAUGUCAAGGGCUUCACCAAAAUGCUUGCCAGGUGGUUCGCUAUUGCUUUUCCAGCGACAUUCGUUAAUUCUGCCAUUAGAUAUCUGGAGGGACGAAUUGCUCUCGCUUUUAGGGAGAGGCUUGUUCAGUAUGCCUACAGGAUGUACUUGUCUCAACAGACUUAUUACCGGGUCUCGGCUUUAGAUAAUAGACUUGGUGGUGCUGAACAAAGACUCACUGAUGAUUUAUCCGAAUUAGCUUCAUCCAUGGCUCAUCUUUACUCCAGUCUUACUAAACCACUCCUUGAUUGUGCACUUGUUGGAAUUGCUCUUGUUUCUUUCUCGCAUAGGAUGGGGGCUAGGACAAUACCAGGACCAUUACUAGCAGCUGGUGUAAUAGCAAUAACCGGUCAAGUGCUGCGUCUGGCAUCUCCCAGAUUUGGUCAACUCGUAGCAGAAGAGGCGACAAGAAGAGGAAGACUACGAGAGGCUCAUGCUAGGAUCAGUGCUCACGCAGAGGAAAUCGCUUUUUAUGGGGGACAUAAUACAGAGCACAGGUACCUCAGCACUGCCUACAGGGCUCUGGUCAUUCACCUGAGGAAAGUUCUGGCCCUCAAGCUCUGGUACGUUAUGCUGGAGCAAUUGCUCAUGAAGUACGUCUGGUCAGGCACUGGUUUACUCGUCAUCGCAAUGCCCUUGCUCUACACCAGCUCCAAGACACUAGCCAGAAGUGCUUACAACGAUGGAGAUGGAGGUGUCAGCGAACGCACGCGGUACCUUACAACCUCGAAAAAUCUCCUCAGCUCAGGUGCUGACGCCGUCGAGAGGCUCAUGUCUUCCUACAAGGAAUUGGUAGCACUGGCUGGUUACGCAAAUCGAGUAAGUGAGAUGCUAGACGUCUUCAAAGACACAGCCUUGUGCAGAUACCAGAAGAACGUAGUUCUAAGCCAACAAUUAACCCGAGGUAGUACAAACGGUUCCCUCCCAUCCGAAAAAAUUCUGGAGUUCCGUGACGGAGCGCCUGUGAUAAAAGGUCUAGUAAAGGAAUCGCUGGACGGUAGUAUCGCCCUAGAAAAGGUUCCAAUAGUGACACCAAACUGCGAGGUAAUUGUCUCAAGCCUGACCUUGACAAUAAAGCCAGGAGAUCACUUGCUGAUAACAGGUCCAAACGGUUGCGGCAAGAGUUCUCUCUUCCGGAUAAUCUCAGGCCUCUGGCCGGUAUACGGUGGGAUCUUGACGCGUCCUGGAGACUCGUACCAGAUCAGGACAGGGAGACCCGCCAUGUUUUACAUCCCCCAGAAGCCCUACAUGACUGUUGGAUGCCUGAGGGAGCAGAUAACGUACCCUGCGGACUCCACCAACGCCGGAUGCACCGACGAGGAACUCCUGCAGCUGCUGGAUCUCGUGGACCUGCGUUCCUUGGCUGAGAGGGAACCUGAGGGUCUUGAUGCUAUGGGGGAUUGGGACUCUACACUCUCUGGAGGGGAGAAGCAGAGGGUCGCAAUGACGAGACUCUUCUAUCAUGCACCUCAGUAUGCACUUCUAGACGAAUGCACAAGUGCUGUCAGUCUAGAGGCCGAGGGCCUCAUGUAUGAGACUGCUAAACAACGGGGAAUCACUCUCCUAACAAUCACUCACAGGGUAUCCUCUCUUGCUAAGUACCACAGUUACGUCCUCAGGUUCGAUGGCGAGGGCGGCUGGAACUUCGGUCUUCUCGAGGGACUUGACGGAGUUCAAACAGUCAGGGGAGAAGGGAAGAAACUCCGGGGGAAUACGCUGCAGGAAAUUCGAGAUUUGGUUACUGAAGAAACUCAGCAGCACGGCAUCAGCUGAAAGAGACGAUUACGCGAUCUGUUGUGCUGGUGAAGAAUAGAAUUAGGAUAAAUCUCGGACAAUUGUGAAUAUUUAAAUAAAAAGUUAUCGAGUGAAUUCCAGAUGGGGGAGAAUGCAAUAGACUAAUUCACAUCGAGCUAUAUAUCUAUUUUUUACAUUAAAAUCUACGUGAAAUGUUUAUCACUUGCUACCAGACAGUAUUUCGUGGCAUACAAAAAUAAAUCAAAUGGAAAAUCUUCA